CUUGUAGGGCCCCGGGCUGGGAGCGGGCCCCGCUGCCCGUCGGCAGCGGCGGGUUCUGGCUGCUCCGAGCCCGGCCCUCGGACACCCGUCGCGGUUGCUGCCGGGGCUGAAGCCAAGCGGGUCCCUGCCCGGCUAGCACGCUCUUCUUGCAAGCUGUUUUUUUCUAAUGAUCCAGUGAAGAUCGUAAAGGCAAAAGGCCAGUAUAUGUACGAUGAGAAUGGAAGACGAUACCUUGACUGCAUAAACAACGUUGCUCAUGUUGGACAUUGUCACCCUGAUAUAGUAAAAGCAGCCCAUGAACAAAAUCAAUUGUUAAAUACAAAUUCUCGUUACCUUCACGACAAUUUGGUUGAUUAUGCAGAGAGACUUUCAAAAACGCUACCUGAGAAGUUAUGCAUCUUUUAUUUUUUGAAUUCUGGAUCUGAAGCGAAUGAUCUUGCCCUAAGAUUGGCACGACAGUAUACAAAACAUGAGGAUGUUAUAGUUUUAGACCAUGCGUACCAUGGACAUCUGACAUCCUUGAUUGACAUAAGCCCAUAUAAAUUCAGAAAUCUAGAAGGACAAAAGGAAUGGGUCCACGUGGCUCCUGUUCCAGACACAUACAGAGGACUUUAUAGGGAAGACCAUGAAGAUUCAGUAACAGCCUAUGCUAAUGAAGUGAAAAAUAUUAUUGAGCAAGCACAUAAGAGAGGCAGAAAGAUUGCUGCAUUUUUUGUUGAAUCUCUGCCAAGCGUGGGUGGUCAAAUCAUUCCACCAGCAGGCUAUUUUCAGAAGGUUGCAGAGCACGUGCGCAAGGCAGGAGGUGUAUUUAUUGCUGAUGAAAUUCAAGUUGGCUUUGGCAGGAUUGGCAAGCACUUUUGGGCAUUCCAGCUUCAGGGAGAAGAUUUUAUACCUGAUAUUGUCACUAUGGGGAAACCAAUAGGAAAUGGGCACCCUAUUGCCUGUGUAGCAACAACAAAAGAAAUUGCAGAAGCAUUUGCAUCCACAGGAGUAGAGUAUUUUAAUACAUUUGGAGGAAACCCUGUCUCAUGUGCGAUUGGAUUAGCUGUGUUGGAUGUGAUUGAGAAAGAACACCUUCAGGCUCAUGCCACAGAAGUAGGCAACUUCUUGAUGAAGCUCCUGAAGGAGCAGAAAAUCAAGCAUCCCAUCAUUGGUGAUGUCAGGGGUUCUGGCUUAUUCAUUGGAGUGGACUUAAUCAAGGAUCAAGCACAAAGGACCCCAGCCACAGAAGAAGCAGAGCAUCUAAUAACAAGACUUAAGGAAGAAUAUAUUCUACUGAGUACAGAUGGGCCAGGAAGAAAUGUGCUUAAAUUCAAGCCCCCAAUGUGCUUCAACAUGGAGGAUGCAAAAUUUGUUGUGGACACAAUUGACAAGCUACUAACAGACAUGGAAAAGGAACAUCUGGACCAAUAGAAAACAUCCACUUGUUCUACCUGAGCAGGUUUCAAACAAUGUUCAAGAUCUACUACUAAGAAACAUUAUUCUACUGUAAUAAUGCACAUUUAAUCAGCAUCCUAGCAUGUCUUAGACCAGAUAAGUUACCUUUGAUUUUGUUAUUUUUGGUUAUCUUGUUAUUAGUAAAAGCUUUAGGAGAAAUAAAUUUUACAAGAGCUUGUUUCAACUCUG